UCUGGGUGAAUUUUGAAUCUUCAGUUAGAAUACAUUUCUGACAUUAAUCCCUAUGCCUAACUAUUCUUUAUAGUGAGCAACAUCUCGAUCGACUUUAUGGUUAGUCGAGAUAAUCUAUUCGAUAAUUCAAGCAUCCCAGAUGGGCCUCUCCUGGAUUUUAGCAGACAAUACACCUUUUCAAGUGCUAAAUUGAUGAGCCUUGCUGGUCUACUUCUGAAGACUUAUCAUGCAUUUUUGAUACAGAAUGAAUGAUAUCCACAUGCAAGAUUUUGAAGCUGAUUAUGAUAUAAAUUUUGUAAAGUCAAAACAGAAGUCAUACCUCUUGUUGAGGUUUCUCUGAACUGGGAUCAUCUGCAGUCUGAAUGUUGCCAAAAUCUAUGUGAUUCCUGACAUAGACACCCUGCAUUACUUCUGGCUCUUCCUCUGUGUAUUUUCUUUUUCUAAUAUUCUUUAUGAAAUUUGUAUUUUCUACUGCGUUAAUGCAGAAGUACCAGAUCAAGAUGGAAUGAUUACGAGGCAUCCUCAAAAACAAGAGUCCUUUAUCCAGAUCCCUGCGGCAAAUCAAGGGGAACCAGAUGAUAAGCCUCUGAUGUUUUCAUUAGAUGAAAGUGUGGAUAACUUGUUUAAAAGUUUUAAGGAGAAGAAGGUACUGUACAUAAUGGUUAACGAUGAACCACCAAAAUCUCCAAGACAUAGUAUGGUGACUGAAAAGAGGUUCUCAGCCACUCAGGUGAAGGUGACCAAGGGCGGCUCCCAGAUUAUAAUGAAUCCAGAGAAUAUGCUGAUUUAUACUGAAGGAAAUAACGAUAAUGACUCCAUUAAUAAGAGAAGAAGCUCAGCUGCAGAAAGCCUGAAAUCAAUCAGGGAGAGAAGAAUCAGAGAAUCAGUAGAGUCCCCCAGGUUUGGUCAUGGAAGCCGGAAUAGUAGCAUUACUAAAAAAAGGAGUAGUUUAAUGCCCUCUAAUAAGGACUAUGAUGAGCUAGAACUUGCUUAUACCAUUACUAAUAUGGGUCGGCUCAAGAUCUUUGAUAAGAGAAAGCGUUACUUCAGUUUUAAUGAGUCAUCGAACCAUUCUAUUGAAAACUCCAGUGACCGGAGUGGCUUAAGAGGAGUUACAGGAGGUGUAAAUCAAAAAUUGAAGAAUGAUAAUGAUAAUUACAAACAAGCUGGUCUGACUCCUUCCUUUGCUCCUGGUUAUACUAUGAGGUCUUAUAAAGACUCUAAACCAAAGAAGGGUCCAAUUCAGAACCAGUUGAAAGAAAUCGCCUCUAAAGUAAAGGAAGAUAACUUCACCCUUCGAAGUUCCUCUGCCGAGUGUAAAUCUCAAGCCAAAAGAAUUGAAAUGAGCUUCUACAGAAAGUGGAAGAACAAGGCCAAGAAUACUUUUGGAAUCAAACGCAUUAGGAAAUUCUCAGAUAACCAAGAGCUGGUCGAAAAACCUCUAGACGUUAGCUCACCAAAGAAAUACGCAGGAAAUCUCUCCGCAUCUUCAUAUGAUUCUAGUUGAUCUAGUUGUAAAGAGAGGAAGGAAAAAUCCCGCCUUGAGAAACAUCUCAAGGACUUUAUAAUACAGGAAGAAGACGAUACCGAAAGCAAGAAGGCCAGUAAGAGAGAGACUAAUACUGAACUCAAUGGUAUUAUGGAGAGUGUCAAUGAAACUUCUAGCCAUGCUCAUGACAUGAUCUCUCCGAGUAACUAUCCUCAGUCAGAGAUGUCUGAGUUUUCAGGGCAAAUUACUAGUCAAUUAAAUAGCUCUUCGGUUCAUCCAAUGCUAAUGAGUUCUAAAAAGGGUGAAAAUACUCCUCGGAGUCAAGUAAGCCAAGAAACUUCGCUAAAGAGCAAAACAAAGCUGAGGAAAAGAACCCGUGCUUCUGGAAUAGACUUAGACAAAUCGGAAGAGAAGACAAUGGGCGAAAAUUUCGACAAGAUCCAACCAAUUCUAAACCCCCGAGACCCAGUCAUUGAUUUUGACCAGGGAAGUCUUCAGCCUAGUGCCAAUGAUGAGAAAGAAGUACUUCGAAAAGAGUCACAUACCAAGUCUUUGUCUGACAAUGACGAUACGAAACAAGAAGAUGGGUCUAUGAACCAAGUAGAUCUGUUCAAUGAAGAUAAAUAGCCCA